AUGUCUGUUUAUGUCUCUCUCUUUCUCUCUCUCCUCUCUCCUCUCUCUCUCCUCUCUCUCUUUCUCUCUCUUCCUCUCUUCAUGCUUCUGCUUGUUCCAGUAUUGUAUGAAUUCUACCGAAUUGUUGGCAUUAAUCAAUUUAAAAGGACUCAAUUGAAAAACCUUCAAGAAGUUUGCAGUAAAGACUUUGGUACGAAAUCACGCAAAGUGCACAAAAAAUUUUCCAAGUAUGGCGUUAAAAUUUUGAAAGUUUUCAAGAAGCUACCAAACUCGCUGUCCCUACUUUCUUCAUCGUCAUCGUCGUCAUCAGUAGCUGCAGUCAGCAAUGGAAGCAAGCAAAAAGUUCAGCGAUCCAACUUGGAUGGGGUUUUGUGGUUAGCAUCGCCUCCAUCGUGCAGCUGCAAGAAACUGAAGAGGGGAAUGAUGUACCUACUUAUUGGUCGGAGUAGCGAGAGACCAAAUGAAAGAUACGAAAUGAAACGAAACAACCGAAACAAGCCUACCAUCAUUUUGGACCAGGAGAGUAAAGCUGUCAAGUGGUCUGUUGAUGUUGAGAAGAAAUUGAGAAAGUUGAUUACGCGGGAAACUGGAAAGUCGGGAAACAGAUGUUGAAGUUCUCAGCUGAUUGAUUUAUUAUUCAUUUGUAAUUGCAUUUUUAAACUCUUUUUCAUGAUGCGAAACGAUGAAGGAAUGCAUUAAAACAUUUACGAACAAUCGAACGUUGAAAAAUAAUGGACUUAUUUGCAUUUGUUUUUAUUUCAUUAUUGAUAUUUUCUCAACUCAAAAUGUGCAUGUAUAAUUUUUUUAAACGUCGUGAAAAUUGUACAAGUUUUUCUUCUCAAACUUUUGAAAAUUCACAAUUUCUUCCAUUUAAAUUAUUUUAUUCAUCAUUUUGUACGUUUUUACUCAGGUUCGGAUAGAUUUUAAGGCACGUUUGCAAAUUCAUCGAAAACUUAUUAGUUUUGCACCGGCCAGUCCUUAAAACUUUAGCAAUAUAACAACUCUCAAUCCAUCUAAAUACUUGGUGUCUCAAAUAUUUGGGUCCAACAACUUGAAACUAAGUGUCUACGAGAUUAUUCGUUUCAAUGCAAAAUCGAAUCUUGCAUUUUUUGUACUUUUUCUAAUUCAAUUUGUUAGUUUUGAAUUUUUGAAAUAAAAGUCAUCAAAC